AUGAUUCUGGGAUAUGCGUUCUCGCAUAUUCAACCGAUUGGAGCAGUCACCGGCCUUGCUUCUCCCGCCGUUAGCUUCGUUCUCCGUUUGGCUGAUGAGAACGUGCCCGAGCCUCCGAAAAACUCCACCUGGCUACCUACUAACAACAGAUCAGUCAACAUUAUGAUCGACAUCCUCAUCAUCGGCGCCGGUCCUAGUGGCCUCUGCGCAGCCAAAACUUUCCUUCAACACAACCCGAACAGCAACAUCGUCAUCCUCGAUAGUCACUCGACCGUAGGAGGAGUCUGGUCCAAGGAGAGACUCUAUCCAACCCUCCGAACAAACAACUUGUACCCAACAAUGGACUUCAGUGACUUCCCCAUGAAAGACGUUGGCAUCGGCCGCCCAGGACAUCACAUCACUGGUGAAGAGAUGCACGAUUACUUGACCGCAUACGCCCAACACUUCGACCUCAUGAAGCGAAUCCGAUUCAACACCCGCGCUAUUCGAGUUCAGGCUCAUACAAGUGAUGAUGGAUGGAAGGUAGAGGUUCAAGAACUAGGCGACUCCAACACCACAACCACACUAGAACUAGAGACCAAGAAACUCGUCAUGGCCACCGGCAUCCUCGGCGUCCCUAACAUGCCAUUCCUCAAAGGCAGCGAAACCUUCGACGCCCCUCUUCUUCACUCCUCCACCCUCGGCCCUGUCUACCAAGACGUCCUCCAAAACCCCAACAUCAACCGUGUCGCCGUCCUCGGCGGGUCCAAAUCAGCCUACGACACCGUCUACCUCGCCGCCACGACCGGCCACAAAGUCGACUGGAUCAUCCGCAAGUCCGGCCGUGGCCCGUCAUGGGUCUUUCCCUCCCACACCCAGAUCGGUCCCUUCAAAGCGUGGCGCGAGAAGCUCGUCACUCGCCGGAUUUCCACCUUCAUGUCCCCUUGCAUCCUACCCGACCACUCCGGCAGACAACUCAGUUGGAUCCGCGACUUCUUGCACACGAACAAGGUCGGCAAAGCCGUGACGAACAGCUUUUGGAAGGCCAUGCACGCCGAUACCAUCAAAGACUGUCGUUACCGUGAAGGAAAGGAGGACGAGCGGUUCAAACCGGAACAUAGUCCCUUUUGCUCGGGAACACUCAACUACGAGCAGGACUUCAAGACCUUGGUGACCAGUGGACAGGUGACCGUCCAUCGAAAAGACAUCUCCCAUCUCAGUCCACAUACGAUCCACUUCGCCGAUGACGCUGACGCUGGACGAGCCCGUGCCCUGAUCGUCGACGCCCUCAUCUGCGCAACCGGCUACUCCGCCAAACCACCCGUCGACUUCUUCCCGCCUGAACUGCACUUCGCUCUCGGCAUACCGACUGACUCGCUGUCUGACGAAGAAAAAGCAGCCUGGGCCAAGUACAACAAAAAAGCAGAUGAAUCAAUAGCCAAGCGCUUUCCCCAGCUCCUUCUUUCACCACCCACACCCACCUCUGGUCUUCCCAAUCCCCCCGAGUCCAACACAAAUCCAUCAUCAACAACCUACACCCCCUGGCGCCUCCACCGCGGCAUCGCCCCUCCCGGCCUGACAGUCUCCGGCACCCACUCCCUCGUCUUCCUCUCCAUGCACAGCAACAUCACCAACAUCCCACGCAUCGAGCUGCAAUGUCUCUGGUCCCUAGCCUACUUUCACGACAAAGUCUCCUUGCCUCUCAUUUUUCGGGAUACGGCGCUGUUUCAGCGGUGGUGUCAGCAUCGGAGCCCGUUGGGACAUGGCGGGCAGUAUCCGGAUUUGAACUUUGAUCAGUUGCCGUAUUGGGAUUGGUUGGUUGGUGAUAUGGGGUUGGAGGUUAGGAGGAAGGGGAGUGUGUGGAGGGAGUUGGUUAGUUCGGGGUUGGUGGGGGAGUGGAUUGAUAAGUAUGGGAUGAAGGAGGGGGAGCAACAGGAGGAGGGCGAGACGAAGACCGUGAAGGUGGUGGUGGUGAAGCGGGAUGGGGAGGUUGUUUGA